AUGGAUCAAUUAAAGCUUUUGAAGGCAGCAAGAAGCCGUGCGAAGGCAAGUAUUACGCGCUUGCUAACGGCGUCACAAGAUCCACGUGCGGGAUCAAACUGGGAAAUUGAUGAAAUCACAGUCUCAUUGGAAAGGCUCAACAACGUUUGGAAGGAGUUUGAGACCAUUAGCGAUCAAAUGGCCCUUUAUGAAGAAAAUGAGGGGUAUGUCGAUCCAGCCAUCGACAACGAGAGAUACGAGGAUAAGUACUUGCAAGCAAACACAUUGUUUCACACCAUCAAACGGCGCUGUCAAUCAUCUAAUGAGAGCGACAGAGAAGGCAGCGGCGGUAGGCAAUCUGGCAACCUUGGCGAUGCCGCAUCAAGUUCAUCUGGAUGGGGAAACGAAAGCCUGGCUCGUUUUCUACAACAACAACAGGAACUGAAUGAGCGUUUAGCUGAGCAACAAUCAACGUUUUUGAGGGCAAACUCGGCAGCAAAUGUAAUGCACAACGAACUGCCAAAAAUUCACAUCAAAGUGUUCACUGGUGACUACAAGGAGUGGCCAGCCUUUAAAAACAUCUUCGAGAGUACGAUCCAUAGCAAGCAGCAUUUGACAGCAAUUCAAAAGUUCCACUACUUAAAAACGUAUAUUACGGGAGAAGCAUCUGAUUUGAUUCGUCAUAUGCCAAUAACGGAUGCUGCGUACGAGGCUGCUUGGAGUUGCCUAAUUGAUCGAUACAACAGACCACGUCACAUUGUCAACACUCUGCUGGAAACGUUUGUGAAUCUCCCUUCGACAUCCAAGGCAGACGUUACAGUUCUGCGCAAGGUGACCGACGGAGCCACGGAGAUUGUACGAGGAUUGGAUGCAGCAGGGCAAACUAACAGGGACUGCUGGAUCAUACACUUCAUUCUGGCCAAGAUCGACGCUGAAACUCGACGCAAAUGGAUUGAGGGAAGCCGGGAACUUGAAUCUCCGUCUGUGAAUGAUUUACUCAAGUUUUUAGACCGACGCUGCGAGGAAUUCGAGCUCAGCAAAAGUGACUCGGACAUCGACUUCAAGGGUGGCCCACAACCAAGCAAAGCAAAGCGUUCGUCACACGCUUUAGUAUCGAUGGAAGAAAAUGCUUGUGCGAAAUGUAACUCCAAGGAGCACAAAAUCUACGGUUGCCCAAAGUUUGCUGAAGCAUCCAUCGAGCAGAGACGCACAUUUGUUAAGGCAAAAUCAUUGUGUUUCAACUGCCUUAAGCAUGGGCAUGUAUCACGCAAGUGUGAAUCCAAAUUUACAUGCAGGUUUUGCCAUAAUCGCCACCACUCUCUCCUACAUGUAGAUAUUUCUGGAUCGCAAGCCGCUGUGACCACGACACAGCCACACACUGAUGAAAAGCACAUCUUAAGCGCUCCCGAAGAGGCUGCGGGGACCAUCAGCCAUAUUGCUCGUGCGCAAGUGGCUCCCACAGCUGAGUCCUUGUGCAACGGAUCAACAACGGCUACACGGCCCCAAGGGCUAAGGAAAAGUGCAUUGCCAACAGCUCUGGUGUUUGUUAAAAACGCACAAGGAUCGCACACUACAUGUCGGGUACUUUUGGACAGUGGUUCGGAACUGUCGUACAUCUCAGAGAGGUGCGUACAGGCACUUGGUCUGUCACGCUCGCCCUCACGCAUUUUGGUGUCUGGAAUUUCAUCGAUCAAGGCAGAGACAACUAGAGGCUGCAGCACACUGGACAUGCAGUCAAGGAUCUCCGAUCAUACAAUGAAGAUACGUGCACACGUACUCAGCAAAAUUACCUCCACGUUAGCAAGACACGAUAUCGACGCCUCAGCACUCAAGGUAUUCGCUGCCUUUGAGCUUACGGAUUCUAACUAUCAAUCGUUGGCGCCAGUCGAUAUUCUCUUGGGCAGUGAUUACGUUUGGACCGUGUUCACCGGUCAAAAGAUGUUCGACGUUCAGGGCAACAUCAUCGCCAUUUCGACCAUUUUUGGAUGGGUCAUAACAUCUAUCAUCACUACCGGCUAUUCAUCCACAACAACAAUGCACACGGCUAUUGACAUUGACUCAACUCUUCGGCGCUUUUGGGAGCUGGAGGAUGUCAACCAGGAAUUCCAUGGAAAACCAGUGGACGACGAAGUUGAAUAG